GGGAGGGAGGAGAUUGAGAUGGGAUUGGGGGGGUGGGGAGGGGGGGCUCAGAUCACCAAGCUGUUGUAAUAAUCUGCAAAUUUUCUCAGAUGACGCAAAGACUGUGACUUUGCCUCCCGUCCCCUCUUCAUCUCCACAUCCUUCCUCUCUUCCGUGUCUUUCCCGAUGCCUCGCUCUUGUUGGAUGGGAGAUAACCACGCACAGCAGGCAGGAUGACAAACAAGCCGACAGCCAACCAGUCCAACACAAAAAAGAAGGAGGCAGAAGAAAACCAGCGAGAUGACAAUACAGACGUUGCAUAUAAAGAUGCAGGCCACUGCAGCCGCAACACGCACAACCUGCUGCUGGGACUCACUGUUCUGGGUGUUGUCAUGGGAGUGGGCUUUGGGAUGCUGCUCAGGUACAUGAAGGUGACAGACAGCUCUGCCCUCACUAUGGUUUCUUUCCCUGGAGAAAUCCUCAUGAGGAUGCUGAAGAUGCUCAUCCUGCCUCUAAUCAUCUCCAGCCUCAUCACAGGGCUGGCUGGUCUAGAUGCCCGCUCCAGUGGUAGAAUGGGUAGUAGAGCCAUGGUGUACUACAUGUCCACCACUGUAAUCGCUGCCAUCCUCGGGGUCAUCUUGGUGUUGGGGAUUCACCCGGGGAACCCCAAACUAAGGGGAGGCUCGUCAAGCUCAGUCCCAAAGAACCAGGAGGUUAGCAGUCUGGAUGCCUUCCUCGACCUGCUCAGAAACCUGUUUCCUGAGAACCUGGUGCAGGCCUGCAUCCAACAGGUUCAGACGGUGCUGAAAAAGGAUCUGGUCGCAUCACCAAACCAAACCGAACCUGUCUUGGUGAGCAGGAAGAAACUGGAGUACAAAUGGGGCAUGAAUGUCCUCGGCUUGAUUGGCUUCUUCAUCACCUUUGGGAUCUGCAUGAGCAGGAUGGGCGAGCGAGGGAAGAUCAUGUGCGACUUCUUCAACAUCCUCAACGAGAUCAUCAUGACGAUGGUUUCUAUGAUCAUGUGGUACUCUCCUAUCGGCAUCGCCUCACUGAUCGCGGGGAAGAUUGCGGCCAUCGGGGACCUGGAGAUAGUUGCCAGGCAGCUGGGCAUGUACAUGGUGACCGUCAUCGUGGGCCUGGUGAUCCAUGGCGGCUUGAUCCUUCCUGCUAUAUUCUUUGCAAUCACCAGAAAAAGCCCCUUUACUUUCUACUCUGGAAUCUUCCAGGCUUGGAUCACAGCUCUGGGCACUGCUAGCAGCGCAGGGACGUUACCCGUCACCUUCCGCUGCCUGGAGGAAAACCUGAAGAUUGAUAAGCGAGUGACUCGUUUCGUGCUGCCUAUAGGUGCCACCAUUAACAUGGACGGCACUGCGCUGUAUGAGGCCGUGGCAGCCAUCUUUAUUGCCCAGAUGAAUGACAUCACCCUUGACAGCGGACAGAUCAUCACUGUCAGUAUGACUGCCACCCUGGCCAGUGUCGGAGCUGCCAGUAUUCCCAGUGCUGGACUGGUCACCAUGCUACUGAUCCUGACGGCUGUGGGGCUCCCUACUCAGGACAUCAGUCUGCUCAUCGCUGUCGACUGGCUGCUUGACAGAAUGCGUACCUCCAUCAAUGUGGUGGGCGACUCGUUCGGCGCCGGGAUCGUGGACCACUUGUCGAAGGCGGAGCUUGCUGAACUUGACGCAGCAGAAAUGCAAAUGCUCCAGCCCGAGGAGGAACUCGAUUUCAUCCCUCCGCCCCCGAUCCUCACCGAGAUGGACCUGAUCGACCCCAUCAGACCGCCCGCGCUGCCACCCCGCUCCCCUCGCCCACCCAAACAAAACCACCACAGUUUCUCCCAGUCUCAAUCCAUCACUUACUCGCCGUCCCGUUCUAUCCGAUCUCCAUCCCCACGCUCCAUCCGUUCUCCUUCUCCGCGCUCCGUCUGCUCCCACUCCCCCCGGCCUUUCCGUACCCAUUCACCAUGCCUCCUCCGCAGGACGGAGGCGGGCUACUGCGCCCUGCCCAGCUAUGACAACCAGAAUCCCACAAUGCCUCGCUCCCACAGAGAGAGAGACAGGGAGCGGAAGCGUCUGAGGCGAGAGAGUGAAACCGAAGAGGAGGAGAGAGAGAGGGUUUUGGGUGAAGUAAGCGACGGAGAGGAGAGUGAUGACACUGCUUAUGAUCGGAGGCACCCCAUGCUGCCGAGCGACCUGCCAUGAUUGGAAAUUUACCACCACAAAGCUUCCUCAUCGACUAGUUUCCAUUUAAUGACAGCUUUUUGAGGUCCACAGUGGAUUUCUGGCUGGUUACAUUGCUACCCUGUAUUUUCAGUUCACUGCUCUCAAAACCAAACUUUUAGAUAAGUGAUCAAUAAGCUCAUUUUGAGCUUGAUAUGCAAAUAUAUAAAAACGUUGAGAUGGCCCUUAAGACCAGGCCUGUAUGGUUUCCUGCAAAGGAGCUUAAAUGGAGAGUUUUUUCCCCAGUUACAUCAUGUCUACAUCACUGUCUUGAUUCCCUAACCCAAUUUAAAAUGCUCCUGUAUGUCUGAACUUCCUUAAAUUUGCCUGAUAGGAGAGAAAGUGUGAGUCUGGACCUUUGAACACGCAAACAUGAGUUAUUAGCUGAUCCUUAAACUUUGCUCAACUCUAUCUCUUCUACUUUUAAUUUUCCUGGGAGGAAUUCAAUUCACCAUUUAAUAGGAUGUCAUGUGCCGGAAUAUUUCAUGUCUGGGAGAGAACAUUUCUGUAGUCUCCACUGGUUUCGUGCUGGUCGAGACAUAGUCCGGCACAUACAGUAAGUGUUCAAAUAGCCACAACUUGGUUUCACACUUCUGUUUUUGUGUAGAUUAAACAAACACAAUACAACAUGUUAAAGGGAUAGUUCAGAUAUUGGGGUUGUAUGUGCUACGUCUCCAUAUUCAGUGUAUUACCUACAGUAGAUGGCAGUGGACAAGCACAGAAGCUAAGCAAUGUACUGCUAUGGACGGGGGCAGCAGAUGAACAUAAACACAGCAGCACGUUGCUUAGCCUCCAUGUUUGCGUGGCUGCUUCUCUAAAGUGAGGGCGUUUUCCCCAAACGUCUAACUAUUCCUUUAAAUAACCUUGAGAAAAGCAACAGGUUCAUGUAAAUGACAGACUAUGCAACCAGCAGACAUCAUUUUUUAUAAUCCCCUACCUUCUUGCAUCUUUUUACAUUUUCAUCCUCGGUGCUGUUUUUGCACAUCACCUCUCAUCUUGAUGUUAAUAUUGUGUAUAUCAUCUAUGGUUUGUAUCUUCUUGUUGUGGUCUGGUGUCUGAAAUGAUGAGUAAUAGGCAAGAUGCCGUUUUUAUUUUGUUGUAUGUUUAAAUUUAAAAUUCUACUCACAUUUAUCAUUCUUAAUUGCUGUAAAAUAGCAUUUUCACUCUCUUCCUCCCAACUGGAUUGCCUCUAAUUUGAAAUUUAAGUUCAUUAACUGCCUCCCCACGUCCUUAAAUCUUAACUCAGAUUCACAGGUCCAGCUCGUGUGUAUAUUGAAUGUAAUAAAAUCGUAGAAAUUUAUUUAAAAUAAA